AUGGCGGGAGGCACAAGACCAAACCCACUCGACAGGCAGUACAUGUUACGUGCAUUGAAGGAGCUGUCUCAGCCAACGUCAGAAGUUAAUCUCCCAGAUGGGCUAUUGGCAGUUCCUCUUUUACGUCAUCAGAGAAUCGCUUUAUCGUGGAUGGUUCAAAAGGAAACAUCAAGUUUAUGCUCUUCCGGAGGAAUUCUUGCAGAUGAUCAGGGUCUUGGAAAAACUGUGUCAACUAUUGCUUUAAUACUAAAGGAAAGGCCUCCGUUGCUCGAGACGUGCAACACUGCACAAAAUAGUGUAUUAGAAAUCGUGGAUUUGGAUGAUGAUCCACUUCCUGAGAAUGGUUUAAUGACGAAGGAAUUUGACGCGCCUCAAGAUACAUCUAGAAAUGGAAAAGCGAUCACAAGUGUGAAUUCUUCGGUUCAUGCAAAGGGCAGGCUAUCUGCAGGAACCCUUGUUGUUUGUCCAACCAGUGUCCUGCGACAGUGGGCUGACGAACUGGCUAAUAAAGUAACCUGGAGAGCAAAUCUCUCUGUGCUUGUGUACCAUGGAAGCAAUCGAAACAAAGAUCAUCAUGAGCUUGCCAAGUAUGAUGUUGUUUUGACUACUUAUUCAAUUGUUAGCCUAGAGGUCCCUAAAGAUGACGGAGAAAAAGAAAGUGCUACGACGAGUAAGAAAAGGAAAUGCACUUCUAGUUCAGAAAGCGGCAAGAAGAUGCUUAAGGAUGAUGCAGGUCCUCUUGCAAAAGUAGCCUGGUUUAGAGUCGUCCUUGAUGAGGCCCAAAGUAUAAAGAAUUACAGAACUCUUGUUUCAAAGGCUUGCUGGGGUCUUCGAGCUAAGCGCAGAUGGUGCUUGUCCGGAACUCCAAUCCAGAAUUCAAUUGAUGAUCUCUACAGUUACUUUAGAUUUCUAAGAUAUGAUCCUUAUGAUGAGCUCGAAACAUUCUGUUCAAAAAUCAAGGUUCCUAUCACCAAUAAUCCACGAAUAGGGUAUUCAAAGCUGCAAGCUAUCUUAAAAAUUAUCAUGUUACGUCGGACAAAAGACACAGUUCUUGAUGGGCAGCCUAUUAUAUCUUUGCCACCUAAACGUGUGAAGUGCAAAAGAGUGACAUUUUCACAGGAGGAACAUGACUUCUAUUCCAAGCUAGAGACUGAUUCACGUGCACAGUUUCAGGAAUACGCCGAUGCUGGUACUGUGAAGCAAAACUAUGUUCACAUUUUAUCGAUGCUUUUGCGCCUUAGACAAGCUUGCAACCACCCUCAACUUGUUAAGGGUUACAAUUCUACUUCUCCCUGGACAUCUUCAGUUGAGACGACCGUUAAGAUUCCUCGGGAAAGACAGCUUAUUCUUUUGAAAUGUUUAGAGGCUUGCGUGGCUCUUUGUGGUAUCUGUAAUGAUGUUCCUGAAGAUGCUGUUGUUUCAGUCUGUGGUCAUAUUUUCUGUAACCAGUGCAUUUCUGAACAUCUAACUGGGGAGGACAUUCAGUGCCCUGCUACAAACUGCAAAACUGAUCUUAGCAGGUGUUCAGUGUUUUCCGAAGCCACACUGAAGAAUUCUUUAUCUGAUCGGUCUUGUGAUCUUUUGCUUGGUACCUCCGGUUCUGAGGCUGAGGAUUCUGAACCUUUUUCAAAUACUCGGUCAAUUUAUUCUUCAAAAAUCAUAGCUGCACUUAAGGCGUUGCAGUCAUUUAAUAAGCCGAAAUGCCAUACUUCCCAAGAAACUUGUAUGCUGAACACUUCUAAGGAAAGUACUGCUUGCAGCUCCACGUCGUCCGGUGAUGUUCCCAAAAACAAAGCUUUAGUGUUUUCUCAGUGGACAGGGAUGUUAGAUUUACUUGAAGAGGGUCUUAUAGAUUCUUCAAUUGAGUAUAGAAGACUUGAUGGAACAAUGUCUGUCAUCGCAAGAGAUAAAGCUGUUAAGGAUUUUAACACACUCCCUGAGGUAACAGUAAUGAUAAUGUCUUUGAAGGCUGCUUGUCUUGGUCUGAACAUGGUGGCAGCCUGCCGUGUUGUCAUGCUAGAUCUAUGGUGGAAUCCUACAGUUGAAGAUCAAGCCAUAGACAGAGCGCAUCGAAUUGGACAGACUCGUACGGUUAAAGUUUAUCGUUUAACAGUCAAAAAUACGAUUGAAGACCGUAUUUUAGCUUUGCAGGAAAAGAAACGAGAGAUGGUUGCAUCGGCGUUAGGAGAGGAUGAAAGUGGUGGUCGUCUUAGUUGUCUUACAGUGGAUGAUUUAAAAUACUUGUUCAUGAUGUGA